UUCAUGCCAACUGAAGUUUUUGAAGCUUAUGAUCUGUUGUUAUCCUCAGAAGAAAGGUGAUACCUUAAACUUCAAGCAUACUACACAUGAUGAUUCUCUGCUGCGCUGGGGAGGCCUCAGAAAGAGCUACAAGAGCAUCAUGACCUUAACCUUGAAUAUUGGCUAGCACUACUUCAAUGGAGCACAGAACCAUGGACUGGCACUCAUGGCUAUCCAAAUCGUGCCUCGAGCCAUCCCUUGUUUACGACUAUGGGCUUCUGUUCAUGAACAACGAGCUCGAGGAGGACGAUAUAGCACACUUCGACCACGACUUCCUACAGAGCAUGGGCGUCUCCAUCGCAAAGCACCGGCUGGAGAUCCUCAAACUCGCUAAGAACAGUAGGAGGGCGUCUCCUCUUCCCGUCGCCAAGCUUGCCACGGUCAUCAGGAAGUCCAAGACUCGCCUCGCGAAGUACAUCCGCACCUUGGCUCGUUCUGACGGUCCGGCGAUCUUGGUCGUGCCGAAGACUGCGUGCGGCGACUGCUGGAGAGGGGCCACGUCGAGGAGGAAGACGAAGCUGGUGAUCCUGAAGCAGGGCAGGCUGAUGAUCACUGAUCGCGGCAUGAGAAUCGCAGAUCUGCCUUCUCGAUCUCACAGCGGUACCCCGAUGGGCCGCAGUCGUCGUGAGAACAGCAAUGCUGCUGCUGCUGAUGGGUGCUGGGAGACUGCAGAUGGAGCCACGAGGUGGGAUUCUAUGUUCCAAAACUUGAAGCCCACAUAAGGCUUCAAGUGUUUUUUAGCUGGAAGUGUCAUAGACGUGUGCCGUGAUGCACACGCAGUCAAAAGUGUGAGUGAGUGUUUUGGUAUGGAUGAUGGAGUUCGAGCCGCAUUCGAACUCAUCCUUUUCGGACCUUGAGACUUGAGAGUAACUGUGUCUUCUUCCCCAUCGCAGAGUCGUUGCUUAACACGUCAAGCAACAGCAAAUUCUUUCUUCCCCUGUCUUCCUAUAGAUGAUAUGUUAACAUCAUGAAGCAGGGCAAGGUUGCAAUCAUGUCUUCAAAAUAUAUAUCGUCAAUAGUCAA